AUGUCUUCAUCUUCGCAAAACAUUAAGAGAGAACUCCAUGGGUCUGAUCAACGAGUGAAAAUUGAUGAAAGAUCGCCGUUACUUUCAGAAACAUCUAGCGUUGGCCUUAACGUUCGAUUAAAUACAAUAAAAGCCUUUAAAGCUCGUGAAGCAUUUUACCUUCUUAAAAAGGCAGUGCCUGCUCUAUUAGCUUUUUUGUUUCUACAAGCUUUACAAGUUACCAAUGUAUUUUUUGUAGGACAUCUGUAUGCCGCGGUUACUUGUUGGUCAAUAGGAUUUGGCGCAACUGCAGCGUUGGAUACACUUUGUCCACAAGGUUAUACGUCAGGAAACCCGAAAAUGGCUGGUAUCUAUACGCAACGAGCCAUCAUAAUAAUGAUGCUUGGGUUUACACCUAUAGGAAUUAUUUGGUUGUUUUCCGAAAAUAUUUUGAUUAGUCUAGGACAAGAAGCAGAAUUAUCUUAUUAUGCUGCGUUAUAUCUGCGUUAUUUACUUUUGGGAGUACCACCAGCCCUUAUUUUCUGGUGUUUGGAAAAGUUUUUGCAAGGCCAAGGCAUCAUGAAAGCAACAACAUAUGUUCUUAUAAUAUGUUGUCCAAUAAACAUUUUCCUCAAUUAUAUUCUCAUUUGGGAGCCAUUUUCUCUUGAUUACAUUGGGGCACCUAUUGCUACUACAAUAACAAAUUGGUUAAUGUUAUUUCUCACUAUCCUUUAUAUAAAAUACAUUGACGGACAUGAAGCUUGGGGAGGGUGGUCACAUUUAAGCUUCAAAGAUUGGUCAUCAUUCACGAAACUAGCAUUACCAGGGAUGUUAACAUCAUGCGCUGAUUGGUGGAUUUAUGAACUGAUCGCAUUAUUUGCUGGUUAUUUUGGAAGUGUAUCUCUAGCAAGUCAUCGGUUAGUUCUUACUAUAAGUCUGAUAUUAUAUCAGAUACCACAUAGCUUGGCUGUAGCAGCUUCAAAUAGAGUUGGUAAUUUGUUGGGAGCAGGACUGGCAAAUAGAGCAAUAAUAACUACAAACACGUCGCUCUUACUUGCCGUCAUGGGUGCUACAUGCAAUGCAUUGAUAUUGCUUAACUUUAAAGAACCUUUAGGACGUUUAUUUACUAACGACGAAGAUGUUGUUAAUAUGGUAGCAUCAAUUUUACCAUUGGCAGCUAUAUUUCAGCUUUCAGAUGGAAUUGGUAAUAUAGGGAGUGGCGUUCUUCGUGGACAAGGACGAUUAAAAAUGGUUGCAGCAAUAUUUCUUCCAGCCUUUUAUUUAAUUGGUUUACCUUUAGGUCUUAUUUUUUCAUUUAAACUUAAUAUGGGUUUAAAAGGACUUUGGUUAGGUGUUACUUGUGCUUCUAUAAGCAUGGCUAUUGGAAUAUUUUUAGCAGUAUCAAUGACUGAUUGGAGAUGGGAGAUUGAAGAAUGUCAUCGAAGAAUUAAAAUUGAAUUAAUUGAUGAUCGUAUAGUUGAAGAAUUAUAA